AACUACUCUUGAUAAAAAUAUAAUAAUUCCUUACCCUUCUUACUUUUAUUUAUCAAUCCCUCACCCCUCCAAACAGAGCAUUAGUUGGCUAUUACAGGACAGGAGGUGGCUAUCUGUACUGUAGAGUUGGUGUGCAGACAGCUACAAGAAAAUCAAGAAAUGGAAGCCAAGUGGAACCUACACCAGAAUGAAGUGCAUAAUAGACACCGGUUUAUACAACAUACCAGAAAAGUGACAAUAUCAUAAUUUAUAGACUAUAAUCGAUUCCUUCCACUGCUGCAAGUUUCCUGCGUGCUUUCUACUUCUCUUCAUGCUACCUUUUCCUUCCCUUCCCCUCCCUUCCAUAUAUAAAUUUUAGGGUUCUUUCAAUUUUAAUUUAUUGGGUUGUCUUCUUCUCUAUAUUUCGCUCUUUCGAGACUUAAAGUUUUCGUUUUCUCCAAUGGGCCUCUGGGAUUCCCUUCUCAACUGGCUCUGGAGUUUUUUCGUUAAACAGGAAAUGGAGCUAGCCCUUGUAGGCCUUCAGAAUGCUGGAAAGACAGCUGUUGUUAAUGCAAUUGUUGCAGGAGGGUACAGUGAGGACAUGAUUCCAACUGUUGGAUUUAACAUGAAGAAAGUUACAAAAGGCAAUGUGACUAUAAAGCUUUGGGAUCUUGGAGGGCAGCAGAGAUUCCGCAGCAUGUGGGAGCGUUACUGUCAUGGUGUCUCUGCAAUUCUGUUUGUAGUUGAUGCUGCUGAUAGAGAUAGUGUUCCCAUAUCUCGAAGUGAGUUGCAUGACCUCGUGGUAAACCCUUCCUUAAGUGGAAUCCCUUUGCUUGUUCUUGGUAACAAAAUCGACAAGUCUGAAGCUCUUUCAAAGCAGGCUUUGGUGGAUCAGCUAGGUCUUGAAUCAAUCACAGAUAGAGAAUUGUGCUGCUAUAUGAUUUCAUGCAAGAAUUCGAUAAACAUAGAUGUUGUCACUGACUGGCUUGUCAAGCACUCAAUAAAAGCUAAAUCAUCAUCUUAGUUUUCCAUUCUAAAAGUGAUGAAGGUAAAGAUCCUCAAGCUUGGGGGCAUGAUAUUCCUGUAUCUGGUUGUGCUUGAAGCAUUUUGUACAGUUGUGGAACUAUUGUCGCAAGUUGUUCGUGCGCUGCUUUUAUUUAUUUCUUUUUUCCCUCUUUCUCAUAUUUUGUUGUUUCUGACUUAAGGUGUACAUGCUUGUUCUAUCAAUUUUCCUUUAUUUCAUAA